AUGGCGCGGGAGACUCGCCAGAGUCGGGAUGACUCUGACAGGCGCAAGCCUGAUCGCGAGCGAGAUAGAGACCGGGAUCGAGAUCGAGAACGAGACCGUCGCCGUGACCGAGACGGGGACGAUACCGACCGACGUAAAGAGAGCGAUAGCAUCAACCGCACCCGCGCCCCCGACUACAGCUCGAUGCCCAACCCGACAUCCUUUAUGAACAUGCCCUAUGCGGCACCAUCCUCACCCCCUCGCCAAUAUACCGCUCCCAUGACCGCCAAGGCCCCAGGCAACCAGAGAAGACGAGCUCCGUCCGGCUCCAGCUCUGGCAGCUCCACCGCCUCCUCGCUCAUGGACAUCUCCAGACACUACCCGCAAAGCCGUUACGGCGGUUUUCUGGGCACCUUUUUCAAGGCGCCGUCAGAGCGCCGCCGCCGCAGCGCUGCCCGCCGGGCUGCUCGCUCGUCCAAGCGACGCACCUCCUUCUACUUUGGCGGCACCGGCAACUCGUCCUCCUCGUCUGUCAACUCGGAUCUCGCCUACGGACACGGAUACAUUCCGAAGGACUUGACCCCCAACGGAUACGCCCCUAGAGUGCGCCGUCGCAGCUCCGGUGGCAGCAACAGCUUCCGCUACGGCGCCGCAGUCGCCAGCGCCAGCGGUCGCCCCGGCAGAAACAGGGAUGCCGAUGUCUCUGACGGCCCGCGCAGGCCCGAGGGCCCCACGCGCGGCAAGACGGACGAAGAGAUUCUCGAAAUCGGCCGCCAGCUGUCCGACCUGGCGCGCAAGCAAAACAAGCAUGAUCUCAAGGCCGCGGGCUACGUCAAGCCCACCAUGCUGGCGGCGGCGGCGGUGGGACUCGGCAAGUACCGCAAGAGUCGCAAGGAGUCGCGCUCCCGUGGAAUCGGCAGCUCCAAGAUGCAUGGAGAAUCGUCAAGUGACGAAUCCGACUGGGAGGAUGCCUCGGACGCAGAGAGCGACGGCGCAGACUCUGUUCUGGCGUACGGCUCUGUCGUCGGCUCUGCCGUGCGCCCCAACGUGACUGGUAGUUCCAGCCACGGCGUUGGGCCGUUUGCGAGCGGCGCUUUAAUGGGCGGCGCUGGUGCUGCAGCAGCCGCGGCUCUGGCGGACCCUCAGAGACGAAACUCUGUCGUCGACCCUCGCUUAUUCGGCCCCGUCAACUCGCUGCGCGGCAUGAUCAACACGCCGUGUGGCUUUGGCCAAGACCCGCAUGCCCCCUCUUCCAACACAUACCAGACGACGGCGGGCGCCCGUCGAUACGGCUCCGGCCCCGAAUCCUUGGACAGGCGCCCUAUGCGGGAAGUCUACCCAAUUACCACAUCAGACCCUACAAGGUUUGAUGCCGACGCCACGUCUAGACAGGAGCUGCCGCACCGCUCGCGCACAUCCGUUCUGCCUCUUGAGCAGCCCAUUCCCAAGCUGCCUGUUUCUUCCAAAGUCUAUGAUGCUGAGAAGCUGGAGGACUCUAGCCUCCGCGACUCUCGCCACGGUAAAGAUCGUGACAGCCAUGGUUUUAACGCCAGUACUGCUGCUGGUCUGGCGGCUGCCGCCAUUGGUUCCGCUGGCGUCGCUGCCUUGGCCUCUGACCGCAAGGAGGACAAGAAGGAAAAAAAGGCUCUACGCGAGUACGAGCGUGAACGGGAGCGCGAGCGCGAAAAGGAGCGGGAGCGAGCUGAGCGAGAUCGCGCACGUGACAAGGAUCGCGAGCGCGAAAGAGAACGAGAACGAGAGCGUGAGCGUGAGCGUGAGCGCGACAAGGACCGACGGGACCGUGACCGUGAUACGAAGCGGCGAGACAAGGACUCUGAAAAGGAGAAGGAGAAGGACAGCAAAAAGUCGAAGCGUGAUUCGUACCCUUCCUCUAAAUACGACGACAAAGACCAUAAACGCCAUUCCAGAAACGACGAAGAAGAAACGCCUCGCAAGCGUCGGGAAACGGAAACCAACUACUACAUCGACUCGCCCUCGUCUUCUCGCAAGGAUCGCAGCAAGCGUGACGUGGAGGAACCGCGCAGCGAACGCUCUCACUCGUUGAAGCGAGACAGCAAGGCAUACUCCAGUCGCGACGAUUACCAGAAGGACAAUGGCAAGUCUGUUGACAGACAUAACUUUAAUCAUAAUCAGGGUGUCCCAAGCUCAAGGAUCGAUCCCUUUCUCUAUCAAGUUGCCGACGGAGCCUUCUCCACGGCAGACCUGGCAGCCCCUGAAGGUCCUCCGGGUCGCCCAUUGACACCCAACAUUGUCACCGUUGAACGUGAGCCCAACUUUGACGACUACGAGCCGUAUCUGCCACUGGCACCUAGUGAAUCAAGACUGAGCCGAAAGGAUUCUUUCGAGAUUGAGGAGCGAAACCACGACUCCCACGACCACGCCAGGGGCCACGAGCGUGGUUCUCACGAUUACGAGGAAGGCGAGCAUCAAGCACGCAGCAUCUACGACCAAGCAAAACAUGCUACUAUCCCUGUAGCUGCCGCUGCCGUUGCUUCUGCCAUUGCUGUGGAGGCCGAGCGCUCCCGUGAACGCCGUCGCGACCGCUAUGACGAAGAAGGAUCUCGAGACCGCAACUCUUGGCGCAGAGACACCGUCCAAGAAGAGGCGGACCGAUACUACAGAGAAUCCGUCAUUGCCCGCAAGAUCGAGGAGGAGCAGAUCCGCAGCCAGACGCCCGAGAACGACAACAGCCAGCAGGUUAAAAUUGUCACGCCUCCCGAGAUGCACGAGCGGCAGAAAAAUGUCGGUCCAUACGAUGCGCCCAACGCCGAUGUGCGGAUCGACAACCAGAUCUUCCCUACGGAAGCCAGCAGGUUUGAGAAGAAGAAUGAAGUUGUCAUCGGACCCAAGGGAGACCUCGUCAGAGCGGAGCCGUCCAAAUCCGUCACCUGGGGCGAGAACUCGACCAAGAGUUUUGAAGUAGAGAGUGCUGACGGUAGGAGCGAUGUAGAGAAAGAAAAGGUAGCCGAGCCAGAGGAGAAGCCGAGAGCUAAGCUGAACAAGUCGAGCCCGUGGGGUAUCAUUGCUGCUGCCGUUGCUGGUAGUAGCAGUGAGCCCUCUGGCGAGCCCGAGACAGUUUCCAAGCGCAAGUCGGACAAGCAAGAAUACGGCUCCAAGAUCUCUGAUGUGCGCGGUGUUGGCGCCUCAGGAGGUCCCGAGCAAGUCUACCAUGUCGACACGCGUGACCAACCUCCUGUCCCUGGCCCUAAACCUGCCAGCCCUACCAGGAACACACUACCCGGAUCAUUCGCCGACGACGUUGAAUUUGCAGCCACUCUCGCCGCUGGACUCAAAGAUACCGGCUUUGAUUCCAAUAUUGUCGUCGAUGACCCCACGUACCGACGACGUGACUCGCCCCCAGGCACGAGGGAGGCAAAUGGCGACGAAUGGAACCAUAGGUCCAUGUCUGAUAUAGUCAUGGGUAUUGCAAGCAAGAAGGACUCCAGCCGUUCCGUGGUGUCCGAACCUGGCGGCGUUCUGCGCGAUAAGCCUGCCAACGGCAACGGUAAUGUAGAGGAUGAGUGGGAGACGACCAAAAAGCUCAGCAAGAAGGAUAAGAAGAAGCUCGAUAAGCUCAAGCGCCAGUCUCUGGAUCUUUCCGAACCGAGCACCCCUACAGAGACGGCUCCUGACUCCUCCGAAACCCCGACCUUUGAGGAUGCCGUCGAGGACCUGUCCAAGCUUUCCAAGAAGGAGCAGAAGCGACGCGAGAAGCAGGCCAAGGCCUUGGCUCUUCUCGAGGGUGACGGCCGCGACCCCGUGCCUGAGCCUGCAGCUGAACCUGAGGUCGUUGUUGAGCGCUCUCAGCCUAGUGAAGUUUUCGCGGACGACGCCUGGGAGGAGUCUUCGAGCAAGAAAAAGAAGAAGAAGAGCCGCAAGAGCCAAGACGCCGCCCCGGAGGAGAUUGUCACAGUACCCGCUGACGCUUUCGACGAUUUGCAGUCUCUGCGAAAGUUGGACAAGGACGACGUUGCACCUGGUGGUGGAACCGUGGACGAUUGGGACACGCCCACCAAGUCGAAGCGCAAGUCCAAGUCAGACAAGGAUGAUGCUGCACCUGUUGACGGCAUCGUGGACGAUUGGGACACGCCCACCAAGUCGAAGCGCAAGUCCAAGUCGGACAAGGACGACGCUCCCCGCUCGAUUGCCGAGUCUGAAAUUUCCACCUCGAGCAAGAAGAGCAGCAGCAGCAAGUCGAAGCGACGAAGCGGCACUGAAGGCGAAUUUGACGGCUACGGCAGCGACGCAAGCAAGAAGAGCAGCAAAUCUAAGCGACGAAGCGGCACUGAAGGUGAACUUGAUGGCUACGGCAGCGAUGCUAGCAAGAAGAGCAGCAAAUCCAAGCGCCGCAGUGUCGUGGAAGGUGAAGAUGGCUACGGCAGUGACAUGAGCAAGAAGAGCAGCAGAUCUAAGCAUCGCGAGGGUGAUGAUGGAUACGGCAGCGAUGCGAGCAGGAAGAGCAGCAGGUCGAAGCGACGUAGCGGCACGGAAGGUGACUUUGACUACGGCAGCGAUAUCCCCAGCCGUAGACGCAGCCUGUUUGAUGACCGCGAUGUCUCGUCUGUCGUCUCGGAAGCUCGUGGUGACGGCCGUCGCCGCGAACGCGAGAAGGACAAAGAUCGCGAUCGGGACAGAGAUCGGGAUGGGCGCAGCAGCAAGCGUUCGUCUCGCAACUACGACGACGAUGACGACGCCCGCUCUGUCGUAUCUGUUGCCUCUGCUCCCGGUGAUGUCCGCAAGAGCAAGGAGAGCAAGCGCUCCAGCGGCCUCUUUGCAAGCAUUUUUAAGAAGGAUGACAAAAAGGAGAAGGAGAAGGAGAAGGAGUCUUUUUUAGAUAAUGCCGGCACCCUUGGCGCGGGUGUCGGCUUGGCGGGCGCUGCAGCCAUCGUUGCUGCCGGCGUCUCUCGCUCCAAUGCCACCGACCGCUCCUCCGAGGCCCAUAAAGACGACAACGCUCGCCGGACCUCACGAGUCGAAUCUUACGACUACGAUACCUUUGACCCCGAGAUUGCCCCACGCGCAAUCAAGCCUGCCAUCGAUCCCCAGUAUGGCGAUCUUCUCCCUCUACCACCAAGCGAACCCGGCAGCCCGCGAUCCGAGACGGAAGAGGACUUCCCAUCGUUGCCGGAUAGUCGGCCAGACACCCCCCCCGAGGAGCACGGCAUGAGACGGGACCAGCUUGCGCACCGCCGCCGGCGCAGCACGCAAGAGACGCCGGUUAAGUCGCCGAGCAACACCGCCAUUCCCAUCUCGCUGCGCAUGGGGCAGCGCGGUCCUGUUAGUCCUAGCGGCACUUAUAAAUCUCCUCCCACACCGUCUUCUUCUCAAACUGGCACUGCACCAGACUCAGCCACCAAGCGGUCCUCUCGUGGCACAUCAUGGCCCAACAGCAGCGAAAUCAAGCCCCUUUAUCUGCUCGAGCACUCCCGCCAUGGCUCUACUGAGAUGGUCAUCAAGCAAGAGGAUCUCCCCGCUCUCCCACCUUCCCAGUCUGCCUCGGAGAUUUCCUUCACCGAGGACAACUCUCCUGCUGACCUUGCUUCUUCUGGCCUUCACAUCGAUACUCAGGACCUGCCAAUCUCACUCGGACAGCACGCUGGCUCGCAGGAAAGCACCCCGAGAGCCGAGAUCAGGCCCGAGUUUCCGUCCUACAUGGACCAGGCACCGGUUACGGACGAUCCCGAUGCGGUCGACUCCAUGUCCAAAGACCGAAGCUCCUACCUGCUCAACUCGACACCCUCAUCGACCAAGACGACCGCCACUCUAGACAGCGAAUCCUUACAGAGUGAACGCGGCUCGACCCCGAGCAAGCACCGUAGAUCAAAUGACAUCAUGCCCGAGAUUACGGAAGACUUGACGUCGGCUGAUGAGCGUUUUGAGGAUGCUCUCGACAUGCAGUCCGCUGGCUCGCGCCGCUGGUCGGAGGACUCGAUGGCCAUGCAAGACGCCCCGGAGCAUCAUGAGCCGCAACCCGAACCUGCGCCGCUGACAAGAGAGGCCCCUGCUCCUGAGGCAGAGCCUGUUGCGGAGCCUGAUGAGUGGGCUGGUCUCAGCGCCAAACAGAAGAAGAAGCUCAAGAAAGCCAAGAAGAACCAGCCCCUGGACUUGAGCGAAUCUGUAGCGGCUGAGCCAGCUACCGAGCCAGUCUCUGAACCUACAUUUGAGCCUGUUCGUACUGUUGAGGAGCCUGUUACUUCGGUGGCUGAGGCCCCCGCUACCGUGGAGGAUCUUGAAAAGACACCCACUCAAGGUGAUGCCUUUGAAGAGCCAAAAAAGUCAAAAAAAUCCAAGAAGAAUAAGAAGAAGUCCCAGUCGUGGGAAGAUGAUGUUCUUGAAGCGGCGCCUAUCGCCGUGGGCGCCGCUGCCAUUGCUGGCGCUGCUGCCUUAGCAACCCAGGCUCCCGCCGACAAGACAUAUGCCGAAGAGCCCAAGCCUGACACCGAACUGCUGUCUUCCACCGACGUGGCCAAGGAUGCUCUCCCUUCAGAGACCCAGGAUGCUCCGUCAGAAGGCAAGAGCCUCCCUGUCGACACUAAAGAUGUUCUUUCUGAAACCAGGGAUCUUCCUGGUGAGACUGAACCUACUCCUGUUGAGGAGGCUGAUCCAUGGGAACUCCCGACGAAGAAGAGCAAGAAGAAGAACAAAAAGAAGGGUCAGCAGCUUGAUCCUGAACCCGAGGUCGACUCAAAGCCUAAGGAAGAGCCUUCUUCCGAGCCCGUCGCUCUGGAGGAUGCCGAGCAAGACAAAACGCUUCCUGCUGAAGAGCCAGUAGCUGAAGUCACCGCAGCCGAGGCUGAGGCCGCCCCUGAACUGCAGCCUGACAACGCCGACAACACUGUUGCAGAUGCUACAGAUGAGUGGUCGACACCUUCUACUUCCAAGAAAGAUAAGAAAAAGAAGAAGAAGAAAUCUCUUUUGCUUGACGAUGUCUCCGCUGAGCCGAAACCAGUGGUAGAUGCCGCCCAGGAAACUUCCCUCCCAAGAUAUGCUGAAGAGAAGGCUCUUCCUGCCGAGGAUCCAAUCGCAGAAAUCAACGCAACUAAGACUGAGGCCGCUCCUGAACCGCAACCUGACAAGGUUGACGACAUUGUUGCAGAUGUUGCCGAUGAGUGGUCGACGCCCUCUACUUCUAAGAAAGACAAGAAGAAGAAGAAGAAGUCUCUUGUGCUCGAUGAUGUCCCUGCUGAGCUGGAGCUAGCGGCGGAGACUAUGCAGGAGGUUCCGACCACAGCAGAAUAUGAAGAGAACGCUCUUGCCAUCGAAAAGACUGCUUCUAUGGCAGAUGCUGAACAAUCUCGACCUGACGCCCCAACUGACAUACUAGCCGAGGCUGCAGAGACUAAUACCGUCGAGACUGAUGAUUUCUGGUCAACUCCCACUACUUCUAAGAAAGACAAGAAAAAGAAGAAGAAGAAGGAUUCUGUUGUCCUCGACGAUGCUGCACCUACUGAGGAGCCAGUUCCCACCGCUGACGACCAAUUACCAGGGGCGGAGGAUACUGAAAAACCUGAGCUUGUCUUGGACAGAGAUGUGCCGAUCGAAGAGAGCUUUGAGCAACCCGCUGUUUCUGAAGAACAGCGGGAGCAAGAAACUACUGCCAACCCCGAAGACGAGUUUGCUGUUGUCACCAAGGACAAGAAGAAAAAGAAGAAGGACAAGCGCAAGUCUGUACAGUUUGAGCCUGAACCGAAAGUUGUUAUUCUGCCGCCUGAAAUUGAGGCCUCUGUACCUGAAGCAGCUCAAUCCGAAGCUCGUGGUGACGACGCUACUGUCCCAGCUCUCGAGGCACAGGACACCAUGGUAUCUGUGCAAGAUUCCGUCUUUGACGAAACCCAACUGGAUCUUGCCAGCGCGGACACCACGCAAACAGACAGCCAGCCCCCUCCAGAUGACUGGAGCGACGCUUCUGCCUCCAAGAAAAAGGGAAAGAAGGGCAAGAAGAAGCAAAAUGUCUGGGAUCUGACUGAGGACUCUGCUCCGGAGAGCAAAGAUACCGAUUUUUCCAAGGGAAUGGACUUUGAAGAUGCAGCCCUGGCCGCCACUGCCACCGAGUCUGACAAGAACCUCGACUUUGCUGAUGUAACAGCCGCUGCCGUCGCUGCUAAGAACAAGACGGACGCCGAGUCAGACGACGAAUGGAGCAGACUCAUCUCGGGAAAAAAAGUCGAUGAGCCGAAGGACGACACCGUUGUCGCAUCUCACCUGACCGAGGAACCCGAAAUUUUCGCCGACAUCUCAGACAAGCCAACCGUGGAAUUGGGGCUCGAAGUUACCAAAGAAGCGCCCGCCUCCACAGAACCGCUCGUGGAGGAAUGGCCGACGGCGACUGGCAAAAAAGGCAAAAAGGGCAAGAAGAACAAGAAGUCGACUUCUUCUUUCUCUUGGGACGAACCUGAACCCCAGGCAGACACUGCCGUCGCUACCGAGACACCUGCCGAGACUGUUCUCGAGCCUGAGAGUGUAUCGAGAUCCAUCGAUACCGCCGAGGUAGGCAAUGCGACUGAUGUAAUGGCGGCUGAGCCUGUUGCCGAGGAGCCACUCCCUGGAGCCCCUGCCGAGCCCGUUGCUGACGAUGCUGAUUUUCUCUUCCCGGCCAAGAUGUCCAAGAAGGACAAGAAGAAGAAGAAGCAGCAGGCUGCUCUAGAGGAGACUCUUGUCGAUACCCCCAAGGAAGCUAUUGAAGUCGAAACUGCGACACCGGCUGAGCAGACAUCCGACAACCCACUCGGUGACGCUACUGAUGCCGUCAAAGAUGCCAGCGUAGAGCAAAACGACUUAGCUGCUCCAGCCAUCGAGCCCAUUCUUGAACCAGAGUCAGUCCCAGUGCAGCAGAAAGAGGCCAAUCCCGAUGACGAACGGGGUGGGUUUGUGACAAAGUCUUCCAAGAAGGACAAGAAGAAGAAGAAGAAACAAACUUCUAUGGACGAGCCCAAACUCGAAUCCACUGAGCCUGUGCAGCCCACUCCGCCUGUCGAGUCAACUGAGGCGGUCGAGUCUACUGAACCUGAGAUCAAGGCGGCCGAGUCUGAGACGCCCCUUGAAGCUGCCUUAGGUCCUGUUGCUGAGGCAAAGUCUGCUGAGCCGGACCAGGCGAACCCCGACGACGAGUGGGAUGACUUCUCUGCCAAGCUUUCGAAGAAGGACAAGAAAAAGAAGAAGAAACAGGUAAAUUUGGAAGAUCCUGAAGCGGUAAACAGCGAGCCAACACCCCCCGUUCCCGAGCCUGGAUCGGAAGUCAAGGAUGUUGACGCUCCCGCGUCGGCAAACACUCAGAGCGACGAGUUGGCGCAAUCUCAAGAAGCAAACAUGGACGACGAAUUUGGCGGAUUCACUACCAGAUCUUCCAAGAAAGACAAGAAAAAGAAUAAGAGGGAGUCUGCCCAGUUUACCACUCUUGAGGAUGAAAAGCCCUUUCCCAAGGAGCCCCUGCCUGUGGGAGAGCAUGCACCGGAAGCAAUUGCGGCUGAGACACUAGCCCAAGACGAUGCCGUACAAGCUGAAGUUGAGCCUGCCUCCAAAGAAAUUCAGCUUGAGGACGCCUCGCAGCCUGCUGUGGCCGCUGAACCCGAGGACGAGUGGGCUACCUUCUCUACUAAAUCCUCGAAGAAGGACAAGAAGAAAAAGAAGAAGUCUAUGAGUGAGACUAGCCCGCAAACGCUGGAAGCUACUGUAUCCGAAGAACCUGCGGUUGAGCAAAUAGUCGAACAACCUACUGAGUCUAUUACUGCUACCGGCAUGGUCGAGGAGCCUAAAGAGUUGAGUGAGCCAUCUACCCAGACAACGACAGAGGAUCCUGCAGCAGAGGACGAAUGGGCCGAUUUUACGACAAAGUCAUCGAAAAAAGACAAGAAAAAGAAAAAGAAGUCGAUGAGUGAAGCCAUUCCGCUGUCGGAGGAGCCUUCUACGAAGCCGCCAACUGAGCUGCCAGUGGAAAACCCGGCCGAUGUUUCGGUCGAGCCGUCCGCCGAGACUACAAUUACCCCUGAUACUGUCACAGAAAUCAAGGACUCGGCAGAGCCAUCUAUCGAGUCAACAGCAGAAGAGCCUACGGCGGAGGAUGAGUGGGCCGGUUUCACUACUAAGUCUUCGAAGAAAGACAAGAAGAAAAAGAAGAAGUCAAUGAGUGAAGCCAUUGCACAGCCUGAGGAGACACCCGCCGAGACACCCGCCGAGACACCCGCCGAGCCUUUGGUAGAACAACCCUUCAAGAGCACUGAGGUUGCCCCCCAGGCUGAGAACGACAACUCUACGUCUCCGUCUGAAGUCGAGCCGACAACGAAAGAAGCUGAGCCUGACGAUGAGUGGGGCGGCUUUACCACCAAGUCUUCGAAAAAGGACAAGAAGAAGAAGACGAAGUCACUUGCUGAGGCGGCCUCAACUCCGUCAGAUGAAACUGUCAAUCAGGCAAAGGACGAACUUCCCUCCGAAGCUGUGGCGGAACGUGACUCGCUUGAAACCGACAAACUGCGAUCUGAACCCUUUGCAGACCCCGUUACUGAGCCUGUUACGGAAACGGUUCCUGAGCCGCCUGUUCAGGAGGCUGAGGCUGAAGAUGAAUGGGGUAGUUUCACUGUGAAAUCUUCCAAAAAGGACAAAAAGAAGAAGAAGAAGAAGUCCAUGAGUGAAGCGACCACAACUCCGGAGGAGGAGCCCGUCACCCAGCCUGUUAGCGAACCUCGCGCUGAGCCUACUUCUCAGGCCGAGGAGGGAAUCGACUCCCUUGAGACAGCCACCCGUUCCGAACAUGUCCCCAAAUCUGUUCCCGAGCCUGUCACAGAGCCUGCCCCUGUGACGCCAGCUGAGGAAGCUGAGGCAGGGGAUGAUUGGGGUAGCUUCGCAGUGAAGCCUUCGAAGGACAGGAAAAAGAAGAAGUCCCAAGAAACAGCAGUGGAGCCAACUCCUGACCCUGCCACCGACAUAAACGAAGAAAAUCCCGUCGAACUGCCCACCGAUAUCAUUUCCAACGCCGAGACCCAGGAAACAGUUCCCGAUGUUUCUGAGAAAACAGGCGCCAAGGAAGCAGAGGCAGAGGAUGAGUGGAUGGCAGGUCUGUCCAAGAAGGAUAAGAAGAAGCUGAAGAAAAAGGGGCUUGCCGCUGCGGCUCUUGGAGCUGCUGCUGGUGCCAUUGGAGCCAGCACAUUGAUGGACGAGCCUCUAGAAGCUGCACCAGAGCCAAACCCUGUGCAUGACGACAAGGAGGUCGAGCCUGUAACUGAUUCAGCUCCCGCUACAACUGAAUCUGGAUCCGAUAAGUUCAUCACGAAAGCCAUGUUGAAGAAGGACAAGAAGAAGGCCAAGAAACUCGGUCUUUCAAUGUUCGACAUAAGUGAACCUGCGCCAGCGACGGAGGAAUUUGGAGCUACGGAGCCGACUGCUGAAGAAGCAGCUCCUGAUUUUCCUGCCUCUGAGUCCUUCAAGUCAUCGUGGGCUGACGAAGUGAAUGACGACGAUUGGCCACGCGAGGAGCAGGCAGUUGUGAUAGCUCGCGAGCCUGUUGACGAAACCGGGUUCGAAGCGGCUGCAAUCUCUAGGAAGAAAUCAAAGAAAGACAAAAAACGCAAAUCUGGGCUCGAUUUUACCAGCCCUCAUCCUGAGGCAGCUGCCGAGGCUGAUGCUGCCGCUAUGCCUGCCAAAGAGCUACCUGGAUCAGAACCUGCUCCUGAGAUUCCUACAGUCCCAGAGACCGAAGCACCAGCAGCUGAGGAGGACGAAUGGGCUUUACCGACCAAGAAAGGCAAGAAGGGCAAGAAAUCCAAGCGACAGAGCACCCUGGACGUGGAACCUGAGCCUGUUCUAAUAGAGGAACUCGUUGCGGCCACACCAGAAGCUAUUUCCGAGCCCGAACCCGUCCAGCAAGCUCCUGCUCCAGAGCAGGCUCGUGAGUUUGGAGUCGAAAAGGCUGCUCCCGAGACUGCUCCGGCCGAAGCUGAAGCCGAUGACAUGUGGGCCAUGCCUUCUAAAAAGAAGGGCAAGAAAGGCAAUCAAGACAAGUCCAUCUCCUUGACUGAACCCGAAGUUGUGGAUGAGAAGCCAACGCCUGAGCCCGAAGUCAUUGACGAAAAGCUUAACGCUGAGCCUGUUGAAGAGGUCGUCGCCACGGCCGCUGAAGCGGCUGAUGACGAAUGGGCUAUGCCUUCAAAGAAGAAAGGUAAGAAGGGCAAGAAGGUUAAGUCGGUCGCGUUGGCUGAACCUCCAAUUGUGGAGGAGACGCCAGUGCCUGAGCCCGAAGCCAUCGAGCAGCCGCCAGCGCCUGACCAUGAAGCCAUUGAGGACAAGUCUACCCCCGAGUUGGCUGAGGAAGUCAUCACCACGACUCCUGAAGCAGCUGAUGACGAAUGGGCAAUGCCGGUAAAGAAGAAGGGCAAAAAAGGCAAGAAAGAUAAGUCCAUCUCCUUGGCUGAGCCUGAAGCUGUCGAAGAGAAGCCCAUGGCCGGACCCGAAGCCAUCGAGGAAAAGCUUGGCUUGGACCCUGCUAAAGAAGACAUCAUCGCGCCUGCUGCCGAGCCAUCGCCAUCAACAGCACCCAAAGCGGUUGACGACGAAUGGGCCAUGCCUACGAACAAGAAGGGCAAAAAGGGCAAGAAAGACAAGUCUAUUUCCUUGGCCGAGCUUGAAGCCGUCGAGGACAAGCCAAGCGCAGAGCCUGUUGAGGAACCCAUCGCCACGCCUGCUGCUGAGCCGGAGUCGGUAACGCCUCCCGCAGCGGCUGAAGAUGAAUGGGCUAUGCCUACAAAAAAGAAGGGCAAAAAGGACAAGAAAACCAAGUCUAUUUCACUUGCUGAUUUUGAGGAUACUGAGAACAAGACCGUUCCCGAGUCGGUUCCAGAGAGUGGUCCUGUGGUGACUCAAACCGAACCGGAGCCCACGGCAGAGGACGAGUGGGCUACACCAGCCAAGAAAGGCAAGGGAAAGAAGUCUAAGAAGAUGUCCUUGUCCGCUUGGGAGGACUCGGUUGGCAAGCCAUCGACCAAAGAAGCGCCGAUCGAGGCUAAUGUCGCUGAGCCGGAGUUCAUUACCGACAACACCGCUUUUGUCGAAGAGCCUGCUGCCAUGUCCGAUGCCGAAGCACGAGGCGAAGAUAGCUGGUCUGUGCCAGUCAAGAAGAAGUCAAAGAAAGACAAGAAGCGCCAGUCAACUCAAGGAGAUGUUGCAGAGGCCAAGGCGUCUCCGAAAUUCGGCAGCGACACUGAGGACAACAAUAAAUCUUUCACGGCCAGAACCUCAAAACGAGAUGAUACGACUACGAUUGGUGACGAGAGGCAAGAGAGGCGAUUUGAUGAAGCGCAGCUCUGA